AUGAGCGACUCGCACUAUUCGUACGAUGAAAGUACGGAGGUGUGGCCCUUCUUCGCAUUAACCAUUGUCGGUGCUAUUGUAGUGCCAGUCACAUUGACCCGGGCGCUUACGGCCAGACCAAAGGCUUUGCGGAAAAAGGACCAUCCUCCGGCUUAUAAUGCCGAUGCACAAGAAGAGUUCAGCCGUGUGAAAAAUCAAAAGAGCAGGUGGACUCUGUCCACGGUUCUUCUGCUUAUUGGUUGGGCAUUCAUCUUUUUCUUUAUCUAUAUCAUCUACAACGUUCAGUCGAACGCUGAGCCCCAAGCCAGAUUUGAUCCUUACGAGCUGCUUGGCAUAUCGGAGUCUGCCACGGUCAAGGAGAUUAAAAGCAUCUAUCGCAAGCUUUCGUUGCAGUUCCACCCCGAUAAAUUCAAGGAGACUUUGGAAAUGACCAAGGAAAUGGCCGAGUCCAAGUUCAUCGACCUCACCAAGGCCUACAAAUCAUUAACCGACGAGGUUACUCGCGAAAACUUUUUGCGAUACGGCCACCCGGACGGUCCCCAGCAGUCCAAGCAUGGUAUUGCUCUGCCUUCUUUCCUGGUUGGUGGCGGGUCCCCCGUUCUUAUGCUGUGCUACGCUAUUUUAAUCGGUGGCAUUCUUCCUUACGCAGUUGGAACCUGGUGGGCCAAGCAAAAAGUGCGUACACGGGCCGGCAUUCUUUUCGAAACCUCUUCGAUUUUCUUCGAGUUGAUUGCCAAGGAACAGGCCGUGUUUAUCAGUAACGAGGUCAUUCUCCACAACCUCGCGUCGGCUCCGGAAAUGCGUCAAGCUGUACCAGGUAAUAAAUCUGCGAAGGAAAUUCGUGCCCUCCUUGAUGCUCACUUGCAGCGAAAGCCAGUACCCAAUGAGCAAGAUAAGCUUGCAGUUGUUACUGAGGCUCUUGUUUUGUUGGAAGGGUUGUUCAACAUUGCCGCCGAGUUCAAGAGUGCGCCUUUCUUGCAGCGAGUUAUCCACAUCCAACGCUGCAUUGUUCAAGCUGUUCCUUUGCGGCUUGCUCGGGCUGGUGAGAGACUGCAAAUUCCCGGAAGCGAUCUCAAGACUUGCAGCGUCUCCGAGUCCAAUUUUGAUGUUUUCAGCAAGCUGAUUCCCAAGUUGCAUGUUUUACGAGCCCAGUUCAAGAUUCCUGGUGAUGUUCUUGUUACUCCUCGCAGUCAGCCUUACUUUGAGAUCAAAUACGUGAUUGGCCCUUUGAAUGAACCCUGCCCCAAGGUUGACGUUGAUGAGUUGGAUCUGCUCGCUGAGAAUGAUUAUGAGGACGUACGCGAACUAACCAACCCCGAGUACCUUAAUUCUGUCCCCCCGCCAUUGCCUCCGGCCCUUACUCCCUUCCAGCCCGAGGACAUUAUUCCCAACUGGGUUGUUAUGUUGACCAACGAGCGCGACAGCAAAGUUGUGCAUGCUCCGGUCAAGAUUAGCAAUGUGGAUCUUUCGAACUUAGAACUGACUGCUGAGCAGCGUAAAACAGGUGACGGUGUUGUGAUUGGCACCUACAAAAUCCAGCUGUCUUUGCCCGCGCCGCAGUUCCCGGGAAUGUUCGCCUUCCGCUUGUUUGUAUCCAACCGUGCUUAUUUUGGCGUGGAUAGCAGCGUCCGCUGCGUCAUGACGGUCUCCCCCGAAACAGCCCUGCCUACACCGGAGCCGGAAGAGGAGGACUUUGAGGAGGAGCAAGACGAAGAGGAAGAGGAAGAGGAAGGUCCCAGCGACAUAGAUACCGAUACUGAGGACGAGGACGAAGAGGAGGAAGAGACCAAGAAAUAA